AUGUGGCAACCUGUGCGGGUGGAAGCUGAUAUACAUCAGGCUAUGUGGCAACCUGUACGGGUGGAAGCUAAUAUAAAUCAGGCUAAGUGGCAGCCUGUACGGGUGGAAGCUGAUAUAUAUCAGGCUAUGUGGCAACCUGUACGGGUGGAAGCUGAUAUACAUCAGGCUAAGUGGCAACCUGUACGAGUGGAAACUGAUAUACAUCAGGCUAAGUGGCAACCUGUACGAGUGGAAACUGAUAUACAUCAGCCUAAGUGGCAACCUGUACGGGUGGAAGCUGAUAUACAUCAGGCUAUGUGGCAACCUGUACGGGUGGAAGCUGAUAUAAAUCAGGCUAAGUGGCAGCCUGUACGGGUGGAAGCUGAUAUACAUCAGGCUAUGCGGCAACCUGUACGGGUGGAAGCUGAUAUACAUCAGGCUAAGUGGCAACCUGUACGAGUGGAAACUGAUAUACAUCAGGCUAAGUGGCAGCCUGUACGAGUGGAAGCUGAUAUACAUCAGGCUAUGUGGCAACCUAUACGGGUGGAAGCUGAUAUACAUCAGGCUAAGUGGCAACCUGUACGAGUGGAAACUGAUAUACCGGUACAUCAGACUAUGUGGCAGCCUAUACGGAUGGAAGCUGAUAUACAUCAGGCUAAGUGGCAACCGAUAUCGGUGGAAGCCGAUAUACAUCAGGCUAUGUGGCAACCUAUACGGGUGGUAGCUGAUAUACAUCAGGCUAUGUGGCAACCUAUACGGGUGGAAGCUUAUAUACAUCAGGCUAUGUGGCAACCUAUACGGAUGGAAGCUGAUAUACAUCAGGCUAAGUGGCAACCUAUAUCGGUGGAAGCUGGUAUACAUCAGGAUAUGUGGCAACCUAUACGGGUGGAAGCUGAUAUACAUCAGGCUAUGUGGCAGCCUAUACGGGUGGAAGCUGAUAUAUAUCAGGCUAAGUGGAAGCCUAUAUCGGUGGAAACUGAUAUACAUCAGGCUAAGUGGCAGCCUAUAUCGGUGAAAACUGAUAUACAUCAGGCUAUGUGGCAGCCUAUAUCGGUGGAAACUGAUAUACAUCAGGCUAACUGGCAGCCUAUAUCGGUGGAAACUGAUAUACAUCAGGCUAAGUGGCAGCCUAUACGGGUGGAAGCUGAUAUAUAUCAGGCUAAGUGGAAGCCUAUAUCGAUGGAAGCUGAUAUACAUCAGACUAAGUGGCAACCUAUAUCGCUGGAAGCUGAUAUACAUCAGGCUAUGCGGCAACCUAUAUCGCUGGAAGCUGAUAUACAUCAGGCUAUGUGGCAGCCUAUAUCGAUGGAAACUGAUAUACAUCAGGCUAAGUGGCAGCCUAUAUCGGUGGAAGCUGAUGGACAUCAGCGUAUAUGGCAACCUAUACGGGUUGAAGCUGAUCUACAUCAGGCUAUGUGGCAGCCUAUACGAGUAGGGGCUGACGGACAUCGGGCAUAUGGCAACCUAUACGGGUGGAAGCGGACGAGCAACAGGCUAUGGGGCAAUCUACACAUAGGGAAGCAAACGGACAUCGGGCAUGUGGCAACCUAUACGAUUGGAAGCUAA